UGUAACAGUAAGUUCAAGUUGUCGUCAGUGCAAUGGUUUGUGUGUUCGCAUGUUUGUUUGUUAUUUUAUCACUCUACCAUCAAAUAAAUCCUACUUUGGCCAAACUAUGCAAGAAUUGUGGACGCAUAGAAAAGAUACCCAUGGAAGUGGAAAGAUACCUAAGCGAAAUAAGGGACGAUGACCUGCUUGAACAAGAGUUAAAUCGGUUCAGUUCAAAUAAACCAUUGCCAUUCUAUAAUGAGGCAUCUCUUCCCUUACCAUUAUAUGGUAUAAAACCAAAUGAUAUUGCGAAACUGAGUGAUAAGAACUACUUCUCUGGGUCGUGCAACCUGGAGAACCAGACUAUAAGUAUGAGAGAGGAAGGGGAUCAUCCCGACUUCAACCUCUAUCCCGAGUGUGUAAGGCUGGAGCGGUGCGGGGGUUGCUGUUUCUAUGCAGGUGUCAUCUCCUGUCAGCCUCUGAAGAAGGAGAACGUCUCCAUCGAGGUUAGGAUUGCGAUGAAGGAGGAUGGAAAGUUCAAAUAUUACAAAGUGACAAGAUAUAGGGAGAAACACACUAAGUGCAACUGCCUCUGCCGGAUCAAAAAGGAGGACUGCAUUUCCAGACAAAAAUACGACGAGAAACAGUGUACCUGUGAUUGCAUGAAUACAAAGGAAAUGGAUAAAUGUAGAAAUGAAAAUGAUAAACAUUGGAACAUUGAAACUUGUAAUUGUGAAUGUGCUAAGCAGAUUGAAUGUUCUUCUGGUACUUAUCAGGACCCAGUCACAUGCAGAUGUGUGCCUGAACCCAAGAAAAACCGUAAUAUCAUUGAAGAUCUGUCGGAACAAAAACCUGCAACCAAUUACUUCAUUAACAAAUUUUCUCCGAAUAUUUUUCAUAACAUUAUUAAGUACUUUAAGAAACAACCAAAAGCGUAAAAAUAUCAAAUUGGAUGAAGACUAAUGUUAAAAACGAAUAACAUAUUUUGCGUUUUGUGAUUUAUUUUCAAAUUUAAUUCAUAUUAGGUGCAAUCUAAAAAGAUUCUCUAGUUAAAAUUACUUAGGGUUGUGUGUUUUCAAAAGGAGGUACCGAUUUGGAAUAAUAUUUCAUCCAUAAUUUAAAAAAGAUUCUGUCAAAUAUGUAUUUAAAUCACACUUUUUUCCUUUUAUUUGAAUUUAAUUUAACUUAUAUUUGUCUAAACUUAAAACCACUUUUUGAGCUUGAGUAUGUUGUAAAAUGUAAAACAUCUCUGUUUUCUCACUGAUUUCAGAGGGAAUGUAUUAUUUUAUGAAAAAUAGUCAUAUCAGCUUUAGUGUCAUUGUUUAUCGUCCACCUGGUCAAUAGUUUUUGCACAUUUUGUAUGAGUUUGGUUAAUAUUUUUAAAAUAAUACCAAAAGACUCCCUCUGACAUGUUAGCUGGAAAGAUUGUUUGCCUUUUGUUUAUAUUAGAUAAAAAAUAAAAAAGGCAAUUUUUGUUUUGUUUUGUACAGUUAAUAAUUUUGCAUUGUGUAGUUACAAAUUGUAUUUAAAAUAUAUUUGUUAUUUAUUUAACACUGUGCAUAGAAUUUACAAAUA